AUGAACCGCGGAAAAUCCCACUGUGGGAUUCUCCACGAAUACUUUCCCCGCAUACAGGCUCCUAGGCUGGUGACCUUCGAGUUCACGUCUCCAGAAUCUCCCAGUAACAAGCCAAACAGUUUGAUCUUUGUUGGCGGACUAACAGAUGGAUUAUGCACUGUUCCCUACGUAUCUGAGAUAGCCAAGGCCCUAGAACCAACCUCGUGGUCUCUCUUCUCCGUACUGCUUUCCUCAUCAUACAAUGGAUUCGGAGUCAGCAGCCUCGAUCUAGACAUAGAAGAGAUUGGACGAUGUGUACAAUUCAUCCGCGAUCUCAAAGCUAAUCGUCUUCCUGGGGCACCUUCGGACAAUGGCAAGAUUGUACUUAUGGGGCACUCCACCGGUAGCCAGGAUGUUCUCCAUUAUCUCUACGCGCCGAACCCUCUACUCAAGGACCCAAAAUUCGAUGUGGGACUUCAGUAUCUGCAUCGACCUGAGCUUGAUGGAGCCAUCAUGCAAGCUCCGGCGUCAGACCGCGAGGCUAUCUUGUACCUCGUAAAGCAGGCCGAGGAAUCCGCCGCGGCACAAAGUGCCUAUGAUCAGCUUAUAAAGGCUGCGAAAGAACGCACAUUGACCGAGGAAAACACAGAUGUGAUUCUUUCGAUGGAUUUGACUGCGAAGCUUGGCCUUCCUGGUAAUGCACCUCUUAGUGCUCGCAGAUUCCUAAGCCUGGCAAGUCCAGACAGUCCCCAGAAUCCGGCACAGGACGAUGUGUUCAGUUCAGAUCUAAACGAUAAACGGCUCCAGGAGACCUUUGGUCAGAUAGGUUCUCGGGGUCUGCUGAAAUCAAAGCUAGUGGGGUUAAUUUCCGGUUGUGAUGAAUACUGCCCGCCUUAUGUGGACAAGGAGAAGCUACUGGAGAGAUGGCAGGCGGCCACUGAGGCCGGUGGUGCAUUGUGGGAUGCGGAGACUAGCGGUAUCAUUCCUGGAGCUAGUCAUAAUGUGCAGGAUGAAGGCCAAGAGUGGAUGAUUGAGCGCAUCGUUCGGUACUUGAAGAGCAUCUAA